UUUUCAAUUCCCACAAUGACGUUAAUUUGGCGUAACUCGCAACGCACUACAUAGAUACAAGGGGUAAAACAACAAAGUUCAGUCGGUGAUGUCAUUUUUAUCGCAGUUAUGAAAUUCCACAAAUGGUAUAUAGUACCUAUCUCCGCAUAUAAAACAUUUACGGAUUGUUAUGGCUUAGUUCACACAAAAUAAUGCCAGCAAUCGAUAAAAGUGAGGAGGAUCAGUUUUUUGAAAUGAAAUCCGUCGACACUCGACGAAAUGCAAUACUAUCAUUACUACUUAACAUCGGCGUCAUUUGCUCCAUUCUAAUAGUAUUCGAGGCCGCAAUACAUAGGAACAGUAUAACAUGGCACUUUCGGCAAAUGUGGGAGGCAUCUACGAACUUUUGGCAAUCCCAAUGGUUUAAAUUUCUAGAUGUCGUUGGUGAAGAUCCCGUAACUCUAUACGGUUACGGGAGUUUAGCGGUGAUGGUCUCUGUUUACGUUGUGGUUGGUGGAAUGUAUACGUUGGUGGACAUUGUGAAUAAACCGUCAUUGGUGAUGAGUUAUAAAGUGCAGCCGGGCAUGAACGAGCCCGUUGAGAAGAAGCGCGUCCUGAAGUUACUAGGUAUGGUGCUAAUAAACCUCAUUCUUACAUUACCAGUCGUUCGCUGUAUGUCUUCCCUGAUUCAAUGGCGAACGUACCCAGCAUUUCGCGAAUUACCUUCUUUUCCUUGGAUGCUCUUUGAGAUGGUUAUUUUUAUUGUCGUCGAAGAAAUAGGAUUCUAUUACACGCAUAGACUGCUCCACCAUAAGAUGAUUUACAAACACAUCCACAAAGUACAUCACGAGUGGACCGCACCAAUAGCGAUAACCUGCAUAUACACCCAUCCGAUUGAACACAUCCUCAAUACAAUACCAAUGUGGUUUGGAGUGUUCAUAAUGGGAUCGCACGUCAUCACCGCGUACCUGUGGGUAGGCGUUGCCUUAAUGUCAACUUUACAUGUGCACAGUGGAUACCAUCUUCCUUUCCUACCGUCACCUGAGUUUCACGAUUAUCACCACUUGAAGUUCACACAAAACUUUGGAGUACUCGGCCUCUUAGAUCGUAUCCACGGUACCGACGUGCAAUUUAGAAGAUCUCAUGAAUUUAAGAGACACUUUGUAACGCUGAAUUUUACUCCACCUAGAGAAAUGUAUCCAAACAGGUCACAAACGUGCAGCAACAAAUAACCAUAACGUGAUUUGUGAUGUAGGGGCUGUGUAAAUCAGAGUUGGACUGGGUCACCGGGUCAACUGGCUCACCUGGGUCACUGAAGUAAACUGGGUCACUGGGUC